CUUCUCUACAGACUUUGAACCAUACUUUUCUCUAUAGAAAGGAGACCUUGCAGUCUUCAUUGCUCCUGUUAUGGCAAAGCCAAAAAACAAAAACAAAAGCCAUUACAUCGUCUGUGAUAACAGUUCCUUCCAUUGGUUUCUUCUUGUGAGAAAAUUAAACCAGCAAAUAGGACUUUAUAUAGUUACCGGGGAAAUCACAUGGCAACAACUUGAUUAUCUUCGGACAACAAGUGAUGCAGAUAUAUGUCUAAAAUCGUACAUGGUUUGCACCUUUUGUGUUCACUCGGACCCAGAUUCUGAUCUUGACUUUGAGCUCCUGCUACUUCACCAAGAUCAUGAUCUUGAACUGCUGCUCACAGAUUCUGAUCUUGACCUUGAGCUGCUGCUACUUCACCAAGAUCAUGAUCUUGAACUGCUGCUCACGGAUUCUGAUUUUGACCUUGAGCUGCUGCCACUUCACCAAGAUCAUGACCUUGAACUGCUGCUCCCGGAUUCUGAGUUUGACUUUGAACUGCUGCCACUUCACCAAAGUUAUGACUUUGAGCUGCUGCUUCCAGAUUCUGAGUUUGACCUUGAUCUGCUGUGCUUGGUGAUCUUUUUGGUAAUAAAUUUUUAA